UUCCUCCUACUUCAGCUGGGAUUUCCUACAAAGAUCUUCUGAGGAAGAAAAUCAAGAAAUGACCAGUUCUCAGGGACUGCUGACCUUCAGGGAUGUGGCCAUAGAAUUCUCUCAGGAGGAGUGGGGAUGCCUGAACCACAGCCAGCAGGAACUGUACACGGAUGUGAUGUUAGAGAACUACGGACACCUGCUCUUCUUGGGUCUUGUUGUGUUAAAACCGGACCUGGUCACCUUUUUGGAACGAAAGCGGGAGCUAUGGGAUGUGAAGAGAAAGGAGACCAUAGCCUCAUACCCAGGUAGGUGGGAAUGA